UCAAAUGAGCAAAAACAUCCAUCGACGUUGUCGGACGGCCGUGACUCUGCAAAUGGAUCGGUCUGCGAGACUGUGACUCUGCAAAUCCUGAUAAAUGGAGAUGACAUGGCCAGGCCGAUCGGAGGGCCGUCGUUUCACGUCCUUUCGGUUAUGGAACACCAAGGGUAAAAAGCACCACGAGCUCCACCCGACGAAGCACAGCAAUCGAAUGUCCGGCAGAAGAGCAUCGUCCUCAUCUUCAAAGGACGGUCGCGAUUUCUCGGCGCUGCCGUACGAAUUGAUAAUGAUAAUCGGGGUUUCGCUGAGCCACCCGAACCUCAGAGCGGCGUCGUUGGCGUGUAAGUCGUGGUACGAGGCACUUCGGCCGCUGAGACAGGCGAUGCUGUAUAUGAGGUGGGGAAAGCGGUUCAAGCACGGCCGAGGUGGGGUCCAGCCCAACAUGGACAAGGCUCUCGACGCGUUUCUGAAGGGCGCGGCUCUGGGGUCCACCAUGGCUAUGGUGGAUGCCGGGCUUAUAUACUGGGAGAGAGGCCUCAAGGACAAGGCCCUCGCUUUGUAUCAGAAAGCUGCAGACCUGGGAGACCUGGCUGGGAAGUGCAAUUUGGGAAUUUCCUAUCUGCAAGUUGAACCUCCAAAUCCAAAGGAAGCUGUAAAAUGGUUAUAUCAUGCAUCCAAUGAGGGCCAUACCCGUGCCCAGUACCAGCUUGCACUUUGUCUGCAUCACGGCCGUGGGGUUGAUCGUAACAUAAAAGAGGCGGCAAGAUGGUAUUUGAAGGCUGCGGAUGGUGGUUAUGUGCGUGCCAUGUACAAUGUAUCACUGUGCUACAAAUUUGAGGAAGGGUUAGCGCGCAGUCAUCGCCAAGCAAGAAAAUGGAUGAAGAGAGCAGCCGAUCGUGGCCACAGUAAAGCUCAAUAUGAGCAUGGACUCGCUCUUUUUUCUGAAGGAGAAAAGAUAAAAGCUGUAGUCUACUUGGAACUUGCUACCCGAGGUGGGGAAAGUGCAUCAGCUCAUGUCAAGGAUGUGAUUCUUCAACAGCUUUCAGAAACUUCACGUGAUGAUGUAAUGCUUCUCGUCGACCAAUGGCGUGCUUUGCCCUCAUCUUCCUGAUGGUUGGAAAAUCAUCCCUUCAAUUCAUGCAACCGUUUUGGGCUGUAUAGUUGUCCUCUUUCUGAUGAGUGAUGGUAGUUUCUUAUAUUAGAUAUGGAGAAGAUCUGUAUAUUUCUAGAAGUGUUGUGUUAUUAACAGCAGUUCUUGUAUGCACUUUUCUAAAAAUUUGACGUGAUUGGCGUAGAAGUAUUACUGUUGCCAGAAUACCAGUUUUAGUUGUGCAUGCUUAUUAGUGCUAUUGCACAAACUUUGCAAUGUUAACUUCGGAAGAGAGUUAGUAAUGA